AUGAUCCUGUGGACGUCCAGUGAUGGCGAGUACGAGUACGAGUACGAGUACGAGCAUGUGAACGUGCCCGUCGACUAUCCCUCGGACGCUGGCUUUCCGCCCGCUGUUGGCGCCAAGGGCUAUCCGGUCUCCGACUCGGAGAUGGACUCGUUGGAUCACGAGCUGAUGACGGCCAACGUCGAGUCCGACGGCACCGUCACUGCUAGGUGCAACGAUGAUGACCCUUUUCCCAACGAAGAUACCAUGCUCGACGACAUCCGUGACAUCAUCGAUGACGUCGAGCCGUCUACCACCGACUUUGAUCCCGACGGCGACGCCAGCUCGGUGGCCUCGUCGGAAACCGUUGCCUGCGCUAGUGAUGACUUUCAAGACCAACACGAUGCCAUGGCACUUCUCCGCGCCGACUCGGCCGUCGCUACCGACCGGCCGUCACUCUCGCCGCCUGCCCAGAAUUUGGGUGGCGACGACUCGCUGCAGCUCUCGCCGAUCUCCGACUCGAUUCCGCCGCGGUACCAGACCGUCACCUGCGACAUCACUGAAGUCACAGCCGAGGUGUUCGGCGACCACACGGCGUCGACGUCGUCGGACGACCCGUUCGAGUCCGACGACGAUCCUGCUGCGCUCGAGGCCGCUGUUGCCCGUCGUGCUCAAGAGAUCAAGAACGCACUCGGCGGGCACUCGCUCUUCUCCACUCGGUCGUCACCGCCAGUCCCCGGCCCGUCGUCGUACGUCCUGGCCUCGACCCUCUUUCCGCCGCGCGCCUCGUCGCUCGACGCCUCCCGAUUCUCGUUCCUCACCUCUGUCCCGCCGCCGUCGCGACUCUCGCCGCCACGCAAUGUGUCGGCGCCACCGCCACGCGCGUCGCUGUUUUCGGAUCUGGACGCCACACGGCUUCCACCUCGUCCGCGCUCGCCGCGGCUCGAACGGAGCUCACUGCCGCCGGUCCCGCGCUCGUCAAUCUUUAUCAAUCACGACGUCCGCUCCUCGCCACCAUCGACAUCGUCUUCUCAGCGAACGCAGCUGUUUGCCUCGCGCGAGUCGGUGCCACGAUCUGUGGCUCCGUCGGCCGUGCUCGACACCGUCCCAGUCCGCGGUCCGUCGUCGCGGGUGGCAGUUCUCGCCGAGCCAGAGCUCUCCGACAAGGAAGCGCGACUGCUGGCUCAGCUCGAGGCGGCCCGGGCCGAGCUGGAGGCUGAGCGAGCACGAUUCCGAGACAUGAUGAUUCGCAUGCCGCGCGAGGCGCUCGCGGCCCGGCUCUCGCCGCCCACCCUCGGAGUCGGCGACGCCGGCCUCGGCCUCGCCUCGCACCACGAAGUCGACCGCAAGCUCUCAGACGCCUGGUCGUCGUUCACGGGGCGAUGA